AUGACCACCCUGUCAUCAUCAGUUGCUUCACCAUCGGAGGCCUAUAAAAUCUAUGCCUACAUUCCAAACCUCAUUGGAUAUCUUCGUGUGUUUCUCUCUCUUCUCUCCUUCUUUAUUUAUGAAUCCUAUCCAUUGACUGUGAUUUGUAUUUAUACCACUAGUUUUGUGUUGGAUGGAUUGGAUGGCAUUGCUGCUCGUCGAUUCAAUCAAUGUUCCAGAUUUGGAGCAGUUCUUGAUAUGGUGACUGAUCGAUUCAGUACUGCUGCUCUUGUUACAAUUCUUGUUAAAUUCUAUCCAUCCUAUACUUCGUAUUUCAUUUUGUUGAAUAUUUUAGAUUUUGUUUCACAUUGGUUUAGAAUGUAUGUGAGUCUCGUUGUUGGUACAAAGAGUCACAAAGAUGUCGAUUGGAAGAGAAGUUAUUUAUUGGCCUUGUAUUACACAAAUAGAACAUUUAUGGCAAUUUUGUGUGUUGGUAAUGAAAUGUUCUAUGUCAUGUUGUAUGCAUUGUAUUUCUAUAACCAAGCAUUGAGUGCUGGAAUUUGGAAGAAUGUAUUAUUGGCUGUUUUAGUUCCAACUUGGGCUGGAAAACAAUUGAUGAACUUUAUUCAAAUGUACUCGAGUGCAAAUGAAUUAGUGGAAUAUGAAUAUGUGGUAGAUGGUCACCAUCAAAGAAAGAACAAUUAG